AUGGCUGAAAAUAAUUCAACAUCAGAAAAUAAUUUCAAUGAACCUAAAGAACAAGAUAAUACUACUGUACAUGAAGGUGAAACAAAUGAGACGCACAAGGAUGAUUCAAAUGUAGUAACAAACACUGAAAGUCAUCAUGAAACAGAAAAAUCAGUUACUGAAAAUACCAAUGAUUCUAUUGCAUCUGUAACUCAUCAACUUGAAGAUAUUCAUGUCACAGUUGAGGAUGUGAUGAAUCCACCUGCCGUGGAAGAAACUGAAACAACACCAAUGGAGGUAACCAAUACCGGUGAAGUCAAAGAUAAGGCUAAUGAAAUAAUUCCUACGAAUAACGAUGAAGUAAAUGAAGUAACAAAUACAACAAGUGAAACAAUAAAUGAAUUACAAGAACAUGCAACAAAUGCUGCUCAUAAUACUCAAGAAACGGUUCAAGAAGCAGCAGAUCAUGUUCCAGAAAAAGCUACAGAAGUAAAAGAAGAUGUUGCCGUAGUUCAUGUAACUGAAGAAAAGGCUAAAGAAACUGAACAUCAUGUUGAAGAAAAAGCUGCUGAAUUAAAACAUGAUGCUGAAGAACGAGCUGAAGAAUUAGCACAUAAUGCUGAAGAGAAAGCUUCUGAGUUAAAACAUGAUGCUACAGCUGCUGCUCAUGAUGCAGAAGUCAAAACAAAUGAAACAGUACAUAAUGUUCAAGAAAAAGCUUAUGAACUUGCUGCUAGUGCUAAAGAAGCUAUCAUAACCGGUGAAAAAUAUGCGGAAGAGACAUUAGCGGCUGCUAAAAAGACAGUUCAAGAAAAAGCAAAUGAACUUGUUGAUACUGUUAAACACAUGGCUCAUGAUACAAGUGUUAAAGUACAAGAAUUUGAAAAAACAGCUGAAGAGAAGUUAGGUGAAGCCGAAAAAUUAGGUGAACAAAGAUUUGAAGAAGGAAAACAAUGGGUUAGUGAGAAAACUUCUGACGUUAUACAUAAAGGUAAUGAAAUGCUUGGUACAACACAACAAGCAAUAAUUAGUGGUGCAACUGCUGUAGCUGAAACGCUUAAACACGAGGCAGAAUUAUUAUCAGAAGCUGCUUCCAAUGUUGCAGCAACUAUUGAACACGCAAUAGUCGAUGUUAACACAGAAGCUAGUUCUGCAGCUGAUGCUGCUGUAACAACGACAGUAGAAGCCCAAGGUACUACAGUAGCAGCUGUACAAGAAAAAACAAAUCGUGUUAUAGAUGAUGGCAAACAAUCAUUGUCAUCAACACCAACAGCUUCUCAUCCUGCACCUCAUGUCGAAGAAGUUGUAACUAAAACUGCUACUAUAGGUACAACGGAAACAACAUCUGUUGUCGCAACUAGUACACCUACCAACGAUCAUGUUUCACAAGAAGCUUAUGUAACUAACACAUCUGGUCAAACCGCUCAUGGUCCACACCCAGUUACUGCUGAUCAAGCAGCACCUGCUAAUGCAGCUGCAGUAAAUAAACCAGGUGGUCCAUUUACAACAAUUCGUAACUUUUUCAAAAACUUAUUUACUUCAAAUUCUUCACGGCAACAAGUCAAUGCUACCGCUCGAGCGAGUGAUACUACUCAGACAAAUGAAACAAUAGCACCUGUUACAUCAAACAGUCCAUCCCAAUGA